GUGGAAUAUUGAGAGGAUGUCCUCUGAUUCUGGGUCAUAUUGAAGCUUGACGACACGUGACCAGUUCGGAAUUAAACUAAGAUAUGAUGACGAGUACCGGUAUUGCUUCCGUUUGACGGUUCACGCGAUGGACGCGGAGGAGUUAGACGAAUUAUCUGACGUCCACACUAAGGUUCAAAGAAGCUUCGUCUCCAAAUUAUCUCUCCACAGACAACAUGGCGGGACAUUGCCAACCAUUCAUUCUAACACAGGGCUUCCACCCUCUACCUUUGGCAGACAAACCUCUCAGAGAUCGUCUUUAUCUUCCUUGUCGACUGAUUCCGGAUUUCCAAUGUCGUGUGGUUCCCCCUCCCCUUCCAUAGACGUUGUCUCUUUUGAUGAUAUUGACAAAACUUCUCUACGACCGUCGAAUUCUGUGACGUCACCAACAUCACCAAAACGAGUGACGUCAUACAAAAAUUUGUCAUCAUCAAAACGUUUUGUAUCGGUCUUCACUUUAAAUUGUAAGCCUAGUGCGGACGAUUCCAAUGUUGGCCAACUUCUUACAAAUGAUCAAAAGCCCAAAUCUCUUUCGAUGUCGAACUUGGUCUCAUCAAAGUUUGCGCUUCACCCACAGGAAUUUGACAGUCAGCCUGAUGUAUCUCUGAAUUAUGAUGAUGAACAAAACCCCAUUAAGCAAAAAUAUUCGAAUGGUUCUUGUUCUAGCCAUAAUGAAAAAGAACGAAAUGUUGUAGGUUCAGUAAGCAUGACAAAUAAAGACGACCGUGAUUCUAACAAUAUCAGACAGAGUGAGCAGUCUGGAACGUGUAAUUCGGAAUACCCCCUCCAAACUUCAUCUCCUCGAGUGUGUCGAUUGUCUCGUCCUGUAAAGUUUCCCGCGGACUUUCGGAAGUCCUUUGCCUCCUCUCGUCCUGACGCAUCAGAUAGUUCCCAGCCUCGUAACCGCGAUACUAAGACCGCGCAACUUAUUGCCAAGAAUGUGGUUGAUUUAAAUCAAGACAAUCACUCCCACAUUGACAGUGUGAAACUCCGUACCACUGAACACCAUAAUUUACUAGGAUCUUUAGACGUCUCUUGUCGUCCGGACAGAACAUUCACUGACUCCAAAGUUCAUGAUGCUGGACAUUUAAAAACCGCUAGUAAUGGAUAUCGUCAAGUUCGACACAAGAGUACUGGUAACCAGCCAGCGUACCAUACACGACUACCAUUUACCAUUUCCAAACUUGAGGACACAACGAAUACUGUGAGGAAAAGGAUUCCACCUGGGAUGGUUGCAGACAUGAGACAAGUGUUCUCAAAACCAAUUAAAAGGCGACAAACCAUGCCGACUUUAUCGAAUUUAAAAAACUAUGAUAGUUCUUCACGAAAGUUCAAUAUCCCAUCAGUGUCAAAUAAUGGCGUGAAUACAACAGACGAAUUAACUUUAACCGGAAGUUCUCCGGAAAGAAUCGAAUCUAAAGCGGAAACUACCUAUCGUUGUUAUUGCAGUGGUGAUUCUAGUCCAGCAGGAAAGGAUGACAUUUUUCCAAAACGAUUUAACGCUGAUGAGAAUAAGACGAGAACUGAGUUAGAAACACCAGAAUCAAAUGAAUAUGUUCAGAGUGUUUGUUUAAUGAAUAAAAACGACGACGGAAAAGACGAUAACAUUUCUGAUGAUAGUGAACACAUGGAAUAUGAUAGUGAUGUUAAUUCAUCAGAGUUGAACUUUUACGUCGUAAAUGGUAGCACAUUGAACGGAGGUGACGAAGAAACUGUUGGUUCCGACGAUGUUUGGGAUGAAAGUUCAGACAACCCUGAUGAUGAAGAUGAAUAUAAUGUUUGUGCCAGUAAAGAUGAUAUCACGUUCAACGCCAGACCAUCAAUCGAUCCCCCCGCUACACUGAAUACUCCAUCCUACAUCGACAAUAUCUUAAAGCUCAGCAGAACGUCUCUAAAUUAUGACGACACAGACUCAAAGAAAACUCAAACUAAAAACACAGUAGAUAUGAAUUGGAAAAAUAACGAUUCCUUAGAAAGCAUGCACAGAUACAGUGAAAGAUCGUUUGACAGAGUAGAAAUAUCCGAUGAGAGCAAGGACAUGGUAAACGACGAGGUCGUUACGUCACACAGCGAACCAGUCAUUGUACCUCGUAGAAAGGUAAAUAUGUAUUCUGUGAUUAACGAAUUUAAGGAUAAUGACACACAACAACGUCAAUCAAGUUCGUGCACGUGUAUAGAUUUACACACGCACGUGGCAUCACAUGAGGAUGAUAAAACCAAUACACAAACGAAGGGUGUGGACAUAUCGCGAGACGACAGGAACGCAAUACACAAUGAUAGAACAGCCUAUUUACAUACCAUACCUAAUACAGGUGAUACCGUGGGUAAAGGUAACACUCGUUUGAAGACUGACAAGAAAAAUGAACAAAGACAAGAGAAAAGUGGGAUAAAGUGUUCCAGAGUCAAGGUUUUACCUGUGGCUAUUGAAAAUAAAUGCACUGAUGGAGAUUCGUCCAUUAAUAACACGCCAACAAGGUCCUAUGUCACCUUUGAUAAACCGCGAACAGACGAUGAAUUCACUGAAGCGUGGCCGACUCCAGGCAAAAGGGAUAAACCUGAAGAUGAUCACGUGUCCUUAGCGAAUAAUACACCGCCACAGGUAGAAACAAAACAGUGUCGAACUUCCACAGUGGUCGUACCAGAAGGAAUCUCCUCGUCAAAUUCUCUGGAUUAUAGCGGUAAAUAUUCAGAAAGGAUAGACAAUAUGCCUGAAAGAUCGGCAGGACCUAAUAACAACUUUUCUGAAAUUUCAGAAUAUACUGGAGGAAAGAAAGUUACAACAAAAAUGUCAACAACAGACGUAAAUAUGAACGAAACGUCUGAGGAGGCAAAACAAACAUUGGCCAUUCUGGCCGAGGCUAUGUCGAAACUUAAUGGUGAUAAUAACGACGAUAUUCUACCCGAGAUCAAACAAUCUGUCGCCAAACUAGAUGGAGGUAACCUAGUUGUAACGACAUUGACCCGUAAAAUCAUCGAGGAGGAGGAGGAAUCAGGUCGCGGGACGCCCCUUCCGGAUUACAAUGAUGUGUUUUACGUCAGGGACCAUAAGGGUAAUGUGUACAUGGUGGAGGAUUUGACAGAGGACUCACAGGAAAGUGCCUAUUACAGUUCAUCAAAUGUCAGCCAGGAAAACGAUUACAAUAGAAUACACAACUUGCGGUCAAUUGGCAGGACCAGCAUUGACCACUCUACGGCCGAGGAGGUUCUUUUAGGGCUUUAUAACCAAGGACGAAGCACGGUCCAAAUCGAGGAGAUUGACGAGAACGAAAAACAAUUGGUUGUACAUAAAGGUAAGGAGGCAGCUAGUUUACAGAACCAAUUCUCAACCGAUAGCUCUUUUAACAAGCAAGCUUCUAAGUAUGAAUACGAUAUGUGUAAUGGUGGUCAACAACUUCCGGUCCAGGGAGGGCCAAGAUCCACCUCCAAAAUAAAAACUAUCAAACAGUGUUACGAGAUGACCUCAGAUGGCAGGAACAACAAAGAUGGGCAACCGAAUGAGGAGGACAUUAAAAUGGAGACGGAGGAAACCUCUACGAUCAAGAAUAUGGAUAGUUCUGGGUGUAAAACCAUGUCAUCCAGCUUCCGGUAUCAGACCGAUGCCAGUCUGGUACCCCAAGUCGCACAGGAAGUCCAAGCUGUGAUUCCAGCUCCAAUGAUUCUGCCUCCGGUUCAACCCAAGUUGGUACAACUCGAUAUGACGCCGGUAUUUCCGGUCAGACAGGAACUGCCGUUGAUGACCACAGUUCCAGUAACCACAACCAAAGUGACCGAAAGCACCAGUGAUAAGAUCGUCACCAGCACCGUGAAUGACGAUGCUAAAAUGAAGCUUUCAGAGCACGGAAGACCCGUGUACAAAUCUGUAGCUCUCGUGAAGGGACCGUACGAAGCUCCAAAAUGGCAAGUGACGAAAACUAAGGAGGAAAAAUUCGCUGAAGAUGCCGAGGAUUUUAAGCGAUACAAACUCGUGAGUUCACACGCGUCUAACGAAACACAACAAAGAGAAGUAUCUAUUCAGAAUUCCUCGUCAAUGUUUCAUGCCGUUAGCGGUUCUACAAACAGAGCAGCUGUGCACGAGAACCAGAAUAUGUACAAAAGUGAACAAGUCAUGCAGAUGAAUGGUGGUCCGGUUCCACAGCCAAAGAUACACCGAACUCGGAUAGACGUUUCCUCACUGCCGCUUCCUCAUACGGACUACGGGGGUCGGGAUGUGUGCGAAUAUUCGGAGUCUAACAGGACUAUCACCACACAAAAACUACAGUCUGAGCCGGUAUUUCCAGCUCGGGUUCCGUCGCCGCCUAAACUCUCAGCCUCCGGAGCUGAGAAGGAUAUGAUGGUUGUUCGAGGAAAUAUUCUAAUAAAAAACACGAUGGACCAGGGACUAGAACAAUUUAAUGAUAACAUAAACAUGUUCAGUAAGGGCUUCAAUAUGUGUAAACAGAAUCCCUUGUACCAGAGUGACGAGGACCUACAGAGACGGCUUCAGGAGGAGGAGGACAAUGAGAGGAGGCGACAGAUGGACCAGGAGGACAGGGAGAGGAGGCGACAGAUGGACCAGGAGGUCGCCUUUGAAACGUGUGAUCGAUACUCCAAGACAAAACACGUCAAAAAAGACCCACCCCAAGCAGCCCGACAGCACUUGACGAGUCAACUUCUGUUAUCUAAACUCUCUAACAUCGACGUGAAGGACAUCAGACAGCACAUCGACGUACAACACCAUAACGAGGAUAUCUAUGGCGACGCGCGCUUUAUGCACGCAGACGGCAGCUCCACCCAGCAGGGCGCCAACAACUUUGAUUCGGUUAACGAAAACAUUGACCUUGUGAUGCGAGGGGGAAAGGCCUACAUCACUAUUACAGUGACAGCUGAGAGGUAUACUCCCAUAGAUAAGGAGUUCAAUGUAUGGCGGAAGAGUCAGGCAGUCGUGACUAGGGUUAUUGAAAUAGAUUUCCUUGCCAACGAGCAACGCAGACGAUUGUACAUGAGUGUCAUGGAAAGGGCGGGAGAAAGUGAAGGCGAUGCUGACCGCAAUGUUUAUGGUGGAAGUUCGAGAAGUCAAGAACGUGUGCUCUCUACAAAAGAAACUCUUGACUUAUUUUCCGAAAUAAUGAACGCUACGGAAGGAGAGGGGGACCACGAAGAUAUUACUGUGAAAACAAAGCAACACAGAACGACCCUUCCACCUCACGACUUUCUCUACUGACUUAAACAGAAGUAGCAGAAACAGAUAUUGGUACUCUGUUGCGCUGCCAUUAUGACAGGGUUGUUUGAUAUACGGGCUACACUGUAGAGGUGUAGGACCCAAAUAUCGGGUGAAGUAGACUAAAUGUGAGUAGUGUCAAAAAAAAAAAAAAAAACCUGACACGUUUAGCGACAAAUCAUGACAGGUCAGGCGGAAUAAACCACUGCUAAGAUAAGGCAACCUGUUUUCGUAUAUAUUACACUAUUUUCGUUGAUGAUUCAUUUCGGCCAUAUUCGCUGAUUUUGUGUGUUCGCCUGACCACGUCACCAAGACAGAAAGCUCCAGUGCUGUAAAUAAGGGUUAAAUUAGAUGAAUCUGGCCUUGUUGCUAGUUGGCCGAUCAUCAUGCUAUCUAUUGGGUAUAUCGUCUGUAAGACUGACAUCAUUAUCACAUCCAUUUGGAUCCCAAAGGGCUUGUUCCUAAUCUUUGGUCCUCGAAAGGUCAUCUUUUCUCUGUUCAUUGUACAAACCCCAAGACGACUGAAACGGAAAUCAGAUUUAACCGGGCCUGACCUUUCUAGAUAUGCAGGACGACUCCUUAUGGUGAAAUUAUAGUAACGUAGGUGUUCAUGUUCACGUACAAUGCUUCUAAAUAACAGAAGGUUUUAACUAACUUAAAUCAUAAAAAAAUAUGGCUAGUUCAAGUUUGUCGUCGUCCACUGAUGUUUUCAAUAGAUAUAUAUACAUAGACGAUUGUUUUUGACAGCUGUAUAGGUUCCUGUGUUUCAGAGACUCAAAGCCGAACAUUAUGAAAAUGUUUACACUCCUGUACAAACAUACAUCGUAACUUCGACAGGCGAUAACAUAUAUUUGUAUUGUAAAUACAUGCAACUCAAAUUAACGAGGUUUUACAACGUGUACAAUGUUAUUCUUAUUUCUAAUACUGUUAACGAGUUAUUCCAAGAUUACCAACAGAACAUAUCUAUCGAUAAUUGUUAUAGUAUAACGUACAUAAGAUCGGAAAUUUAGCUUUAAAAUGUGAUACUCGAUAACUUACAAUGCUAGCCAUGGUAUGAUAUUUAUUGGAGUAAUCGGGUGAAGUAUUAAACUAGUUGUUGUUUAUUUCUAAUGCCUACAUUUACUGAUUAAUUUCCAUUCCCAUAAGACUUUAAACAUUCAAGUACAAAUUUGGAUGGAUCUCUAUAACAUUCGAAUGGAAUGUUAAUCGCUAGAUUCAAUUAUUGUAUGUGUAAGAUUUGGGAGUAACUCUCUAUCAGAGUUGUCUUUCCUUACGCCCAAAAUGGCGAUUGCCGCAAUGAACUCUGGGAAAAUUUUGGUACUCUCAUGCACAUUGACCACAAACACUGUCCCGUGAGAGGCGUUCACUGAUUCAUGAGAAUAACACACUGAACCCCCAGGGUAUCAACAUUCAUCAUGAACCAACAGUAACUUAUACUUGAAGACCACUGAAGGCAGGAUGGUGGCAGCUAAUAAACUCACAAGGAUAUCACUUGACAAACGCCAAUGGUGCUGCUUAACAGAACGAAAUAUAAUAUCACAGCAUGUGUAAAUACCUUUACUUUCAGGCAUUAUCCUCAUGGUGAAACAAAUGUGUGACGGAGGGAACAAUACAAUUUCCGUGAAUAUCACACGAGGGCAGAGAAAUAAGGCUACCAGGACUUGGCCAUGUCUAAAUGUAUCGAUGCAUACUUUUCUGUGGCCACGAUCACCCUACUCGGUGGCCAAUGGACCUUACAAAGUCGCCAGGCUCCACAGUAUGGCCUUCCGUGUGUCUCACCGAGGUUUUAUCGAUUGAUGUAUUGAUACUCUGUAGAUGUAUUUUCCCCUUAAAUUUAAUCUCUAUGAGGCCAUCAAGUAUUCAGUAUUUAAAACCAUUGUUUGUUACAAAUGUUUUAAAAUCCCCUACGUAUAAAAAGAGUUCCAAAUCGCGAUGACGGAUAAACAAAAUAGAGCAUAACCUUGCCAUGACGUCAUUAUUGUUUCAAUUCAAUAUUUUAUAGAGAAUUGACUGUUUUCCUGCCCACUUUUGUAGCUUACUUUUCACGACUGUAGCAGAACGUGUAAAAUGGUUUUGUAUUUAAAGUGGAAAACAUUUAGACAUUACUGUAUUGGUAGUGUGAUUUGUAUAUUGACAUGCGAUAAGUAUUUUACAGGAAUGAAAGCCGAAGUUGUCACUCAUUAUCUAUGAUAUCUUAAAUAGCGUUUGGUAGUUUACCUUGUACUUGAUGUCUUAUCACAAGAAUGUUUGAAAUCACUGUGCAAUAUCAAAUUUAAGUGUACAUGUAAAAUAGACAGUUAUGUUAAUUCCUUAAGAUAUAUCAGUGAUAUUGUAAAGUACCAUGGAACUGACCGGAUGUUAGGGACAUGUACAUACUGUGAAUCUGACCGGAAGAGGCUUAACUUGGUGUUGUUGAUUUGACCGGUUGUUUGGGUCACAUGUUAUUACCUGCUAUGAGCUUGACCGGAAGUAACGAUUACGUGGGCAGCGUACCUACUCUGGACAUGAUUGCAUUAAUUAGCAUAUUAGUUGUAAUUUAAAAACAAAUAUAUUUUUCUCAUUGUAAAUAUAGAAAAACAAUAGGAUAGGGCUUUCACUAAGACUGGUGCUGUAUUGUCACUGUAUCAACAUAGCAGUGUAAACAAUGCUUAUGAUGCUAUUUCAUCUAUGUACAUGUAUUUACUCAUUGAAUUUAUAUGGUAAUAAAAAUAUACCACCGAAUAGAGUUAA